GAGAUCUAACUUUGAAACUCUGAAAAUUUAUUUUGUUUGUAAUUAUAAUAAUUCGUGAAUUUUUGAAAUCAAUCGAAACAAAAAUGAAAAGACUUCCGACUGCAGUAGCUUCAGCCCGAGAUCCCGAUUAUAAGAAAAUGCUGGAGGAUAUUGAUGCAUUUGAAAAAAAAACAAAACAUAUAACGGAUGUGGGGCCAAAAUGUUUUGUCUGCGAAAAAGGUGUACCGGUGGGAAGAAUUCGCUUUUUCUCAAACCAAAGGCAAUUUUAUAAACAUAUGUACUAUAAUCAUCGAAAUUAUUUUGAUUACAUCCGAAAAAGCACAAGGCAUGGUGCAAAACCAGAUUCGUCUCCAAUGAUUAUCGAUGAGCCAUCAACAAGUGCAAUUGAGAUGGAUGAAGAGCCAUCAACGAAUGAACAUUUGUUGGAAAUUGAUGAUGAAGAUCGUGAAACUUAUCAGAUAAGCGAACUUCAUGAAUAUCAAUAUUAUUAACAAAUGGAUCGGUAUCAAGCAGAGAAACAAAAACGAAAACAGGAAGAAGAAGAAGAAGAAGAA